CACCUGGGCCGGGAGGUUCUUGGAACCUUCUCUGGACUUUGGUGCUGGGAUCCACUCCACUCCAUGUGACCUGGCCAGCAUUCCUCAGGACCUUGACCCCCGCAACUGGAUGACUUCAUUUUCCAGAGCUCAGAGAACAUCUCCGUGUGUUUUCCCAAGUCUGGACUUUCCCACUGCCUCUCCCUCAUCCCAGACUGAUGAGGUUGAGGAAGGGGCCUGUUUCCAGGCUCUGAGAUUCCUGCCCUAGCUCUGGGUGUGGAGGGGUCUAGGCUAGAGCUGUGCCCACCCACCCCCUCUCAGGCCCUUGGGUCUCCCUACCUGUCAUUUGCUUCUGUCUCUGUGUCAAACACACACACACACACACACACACACACACACACACAGCCCCACAUCCUGCCUUUAGGACAGGCUCCAGUUUCCUCCCUCCUCCCUCCUCCCUCCGCCCUCUUAAAAGGGAGUGUGCUCUUAAAAGAGCAGCUCUUUCCCCGAAGUGGAAACCUCAGCUGGGAGAAUCUGUGAGAAGGUGAAGUCUCCGAAGUCUCCGUGGAGGCCUGGAGAGGGAGCUGCAGCCAAAGGGACUUUCCAUGGGGGUGGUGGGGAGGCUGCUUCUCUGAAGACUUGCACACACUUGUUCCUCUCUCACCAGGUCACAGCCCCUGGAGACCUGAAUAGCCAUGGACUGCUCCAAGUCAGACAGAGACCCGAAUGAGGGAUUACGACUUGAGCUGCACCGGUUGGUGGACAAUUACUGUGAUCGUCAUCAGAAUGAACCAGAAGGAGAGGACGAGGAGUGGAUAGUGCUACAGGAGCUGGAGGACGGCAUCAACGAGGCCUUGCUCAACACCGUGGACCUGAACUACCAGAACGACAGUCAGGAUUCCUCUCCGUUACUUCCUGAGGUGCAGCAGGAAUUGCGGUCCAGGCUCAGGAGGUCGCCUGUCAUUUCCCUUGAAGACCAGGACUUCAAGAGCUGGGAUCCCAGGGAGUCCUUCUCUGACAGGGUCCUGAGGUUUUUUCAGAGGCUGCUGGGCUACCUGCUGCAGAAGUGGCGGGCCCUGCUGGCGUGGUUACGGCGCGCCGUGGCUGCUGGCAUGCGGGCCCUCUGCUGCGCGGUGGAGGCCGUCUGGAGCGUGUUCCAGGAUUUCUGUUCCUUCACGGCGCAGGCCCUGGGAUUUACCAUCCAGGCCUAGCCAGAACCCCCUGACCAGUUUUGGUCUCCCUGUCUGACCUUGCUUUGGCUCCCUUGUUUUAAUAAAAGUUCGUGGAACCCAA